AUGGGGCAUAUGACACUGCUUAAUAACCCCGAAGAGGCUCGUAAUUUUAUCCCCCACCACUGCGUCACAAAGGCGGACAGCAGCACCACAAAACUCCGUGUGGUCUUCGAUGCGUCGUGCCGAACUUCGAAUGGGAAGUCUUUGAACGACAUAUUGCUCGUCGGUCCGACGCUACAGGACGAUAUUUUCACAAUCCUGCUUCGCUUUAGAGCUUACAAAUACGUGUUAAUGGCUGACAUCGCUAAAAUGUACCGCCAGGUACAAAUGAACUCAGCUGACUCUCCUUGGCAGUGCAUUUUGUGGCGAGAAUCACCGAACACUUCUGUGCAAGUGUACAAGCUGCAGACCGUCACAUAUGGUACAAGCAGCGCACCAUAUCUCGCCACAAAGGCUCUACAACAGUUGGCAAAGGACGAGGCAAAAUCGCUACCAAUUGGUUCAGUUGUUACGCUCAGAGAUUUUUACGUCGAUAAUCUCAUGACAGGUGGCGCUACCACUGAUGAAGUCGUCGAAAUUAAACAGCAAGUUGUUGAGUUGCUUAAACAUGGGGGCUUUCCCCUACGAAAAUUCGCCACUAAUGACAAUUCCAUCAUCUCUGACAUUCCUCAAGCUGACCGUGAAGAAAUCGUACAACUCGGUGACGUAGACUACAUUAAAACACUUGGGUUGAAAUGGUCACCAUCGAGCGAUAACUUCGUGUUCAGCUACACCGAAUCAUCGUCGUCUUCGAAAACAACAAAAAGAGCGAUUUUAUCCCAAAUUGCAAGCUUCUUCGAUCCACUUGGAUUAUUGAACCCUAUAAUAGUUUCAUGCAAAAUAUUAAUGCAGCAUCUAUGGGCACUGAAACUAGAUUGGGAUGAAAGUGUCCCACAAGAUGUUUACACCCAAUGGCAAGAUUUUCGUCGGCAGCUAUCUCUGGUUCAAAAAAUCCAAAUUCCAAGGUAUGUACUUUUCAACACCGCUACUGAAAUUCAUGCCUUUGCAGAUGCCAGCACGAAGGCUUACGGCGCCUGCAUCUACAUGGUCACACGCGAUUCUAAUGGUACGACGUCAUCGACUUGA